GUUGUUUUGUUAGAAAAAAAAAAUGUCCACCCCCAUAACAAGUGACCCAGCCCAAAGUUCUUGUAGUUAUCGUUUUAUCAGUAGUUCUCUUACUCACUUACCAUCAUCAAGAGAAUAUGAUAUUACUAUACGACAACAACCUGUAAGGGCUAAAAUGAGCGUCAUCAACGAGCGGGAUAGACGACCUAUUGAACCACCACCUAUUUUACAAAUGAAAUGGCUUCAUUGUUCUCCUGAAGAAACAAAAAAGUGUCUACAAAGCCCAUUUUAUUUCUUAGUGGCUAAUCUUGUUGAUGUUGCUCAUGGGAAGAAUGAACUUUUAUUGCCUGCUCAAGAUUAUUUAUCUGGUACAACUGUUUCCUCUCUUUAUCGUUUACGUGAUAUCGAUAAUAAAGAUGGUGGAUUCUAUGUCUUUGGAGAUCUCUCUGUUAAACAAAGUGGCGAAUUCAAACUUCAAUUUAGUUUAUUUGAAAUAGUAGAUCAAGUGGUACAGAAUCGUCAAACAUUAUUAUCAUCUCCUUUUAAAGUCUAUCUUCCCAAACAUUUCCCUGGUCCUUUAGAAGCUACCUUUUUAUCAAGAACUUUUUCUGAUCAAGGUGUCAAAAUGCGAAUACGAAAAGAACAUAGAUUACAAACUACAACAUCUACAACGCGUAAACGGAAAACAACGGAUCGUCGAUCAUCACCGGCCAAUAACGAAAAUGAAUUGAAUACAAAUACUGUUGAACGUGAUUCCAAAAGGAAAUUGACACCACCAUCUUAUGCACCACCGUCUCAAGAUGUUCACUUUGGUCGUUUUCUUUCUGGUGUACGCAAGUCAUCAACCACAGUUACUACCACUUCUACUGGAUCAAUGACACUAAAUACGGAUGCCAUGGAUAUUGAUGAUCAACACCGUUCAUUGUCAAAUAUACAUUCUUCUGAUACCAAUCAUACAUCUUCCUCUUCCGAUCAUCAUUAUCAACCUUACCAACAUCGUGAACCUUGGGCGGCACAGACAAUAUAUCCAUCACCACAACAUUCAACUGAUCUGACACCCAAUCACCCUCGUCAGUUGUCAACAUCAUCAUCGUCAUCGUCUUCUGUAUGGACUCAAGUACAAGCACCUCAUCUUUCCUCUUCUUCUUCUUCAUCAUCAUCAUCAAUGCAUGUGACAACUCCACCAUCACCAACUUAUUCACAUCAUUAUACAUCAUCACCACCAACCGUUGAAUCGAAAUAUCAACAAUCAUCACCUUACUCGGUCAUUCCAGUGAAUACGUUGGCAUCGUACCAUUUAUCAUCGUCCAAUCAACAGAAACUAUCUAUGCCACCAGCAUCACCACCAUCUUCACUCUGCAGUCAUCCAUCUUCAUCUCUUACAUCUAUGUCUUCACUUAUCUCUUCCGUCCAAACCACAACAUCACCUCCAGUAUUAACGCAGCAAAAAUCAUAUGAAUGGGGAAGUAAAUUACCACCUCUACGUGCCAUCAUGACAGAUCAUCCCACAGCACUAAAGAUGCAUAGUCAAUCUAUAGAUCAUCAAGAAGAAUUAAUGACAAUCGAGAAAAAACGGUCCUGCUGGCAACUACCUCCACCUACACCCAUGGAACCGCAUUCCUUUACCACGCCUUCGUUAUUACCUCCCGUUUCUUCCACAACUCCUAUUCACCACCAUGCUUGAUCCUUUAUGAUAGUUCCUUUUUUUGUUUUAAUUAUAUAGUAACAUGUCUCUCUUUCUUUUAUCCUUAUCCUUGUUUUUCUUUUUUCCUUGAAUUGACCAAAUUGUAUAGAC